GAGAGAUCAGGCGCUUACACAAUGCUCCUCGGACCAUAAACACUCCGCUCACCUGCUGCUGCCGCCGCCGCCGCUGUCGCCAAGGAGACACAACGAUACAUUGUGUUUAUUUCUUUAAAACUGCAACAUUAGAAACAACAACAUAAACUAUAGAAUAAAGUGGAGGCGCAGGAAGAGAGACAUCAAAGACAUCAAAGAGAGAGAGAGUGAAGGAGGCAGGCAGCAGAACCGGGAAUAGGACACCAUCUCCACCACCACCAUCAUCAUCAUCAUCAUCAUCCUCCUCCUUCUUCUUCUUCUCAGCUGAGAUUAAAGAGGAUCACUCUGUCCUCUCUCUGUCUUUUUUAGAAGACAAACAUGUCCUCGUCCGGGAAAGAAAACAGUGCCGCCCAACAUGCCAAUUACGUGGGACCUUACCGCUUGGAAAAGACGCUGGGGAAGGGACAGACAGGCCUGGUGAAGCUGGGAAUACACUGUGUAACGUGUCAGAAAGUCGCUAUAAAGAUCGUCAACCGAGAGAAACUCAGCGAAUCUGUCUUAAUGAAGGUGGAACGAGAGAUCGCUAUUCUCAAGCUAAUAGAACACCCACACGUUUUGAAGUUGCAUGAUGUCUACGAAAACAAGAAAUAUUUGUAUUUGGUGCUGGAGCACGUGUCUGGAGGAGAACUGUUUGACUACCUGGUAAAGAAAGGGAGGUUAACACCGAAAGAGGCCCGCAAAUUCUUCAGACAAAUCAUCUCUGCUCUGGAUUUUUGUCACAGUCACUCAAUAUGCCAUCGGGACCUGAAGCCUGAGAACCUGUUGCUGGACGAGAAGAACAACAUCAGGAUAGCAGACUUCGGCAUGGCGUCGCUGCAGGUGGGAGACAGCCUCCUGGAAACAAGUUGCGGGUCGCCUCACUACGCCUGUCCUGAAGUCAUCCGGGGAGAGAAAUAUGAUGGAAGGAAAGCAGAUGUAUGGAGCUGUGGGGUCAUUCUUUUUGCUCUACUGGUGGGAGCUUUGCCGUUUGAUGAUGAUAAUUUACGGAACUUGUUAGAAAAAGUGAAGCUGGGAGUGUUUCACAUGCCACACUUCAUUCCUCCGGACUGCCAGAACCUCCUAAGAGGAAUGAUAGAGGUGGAUGCUAGCAAACGCCUUACGUUAGAACAGAUCCAGAAGCACACAUGGUACAUCGGGGGAAAGAACGAGCCAGAGCCUGAGCAGCCCGUGCCUCGGAAGGUGGCGAUCCGAAGCCUGCCGUCGGCCGACGACAUCGACCCCGACGUGCUGGAGAGCAUGCACUCGCUCGGCUGCUUCCGAGACAAGAACAAGCUGAUGAAGGACCUGCUGUCAGACGAUGACAACCAGGAGAAAAUGAUCUAUUUCCUGUUGCUGGACCGAAAGGAGAGAUACCCAAGCCAUGAAGACCAGAACCUUCCACCCCGCAAUGAUAUAGACCCCCCACGGAAGCGAGUGGACUCCCCAAUGUUAAACCGGCACGGGAAGAGGAGACCGGAGCGAAAGUCCAUGGAGGUGCUGAGUGUUACAGACGGAGGAUCGCCAGUGCCAGCACGGAGAGCCAUCGACAUGACGCAGCAUGGACAGAGUAAAACAGUGUUCAGUAAAAGCUUGGAUAUCUCUGACGCCCCAUUCAAGUGCAGCAAAGAGGAAAGGUCACGCUCUAUCAGCGGAGCGUCCUCGGGUCUCUCCACCAGUCCUCUCAGCAGUCCAAGGCCCCUUCCAAAGUUCUGUGUACCUCCUCAGGCGGUUCAAUUUACCUUCUCGUCUCAAACCAGUCCUCCUGACUCCCCUGACCAGCCCCAUGCUAACCAUGUUGGGGCUCACACGCCAACAUUAAAUUCUCUUUCCCCAAAAGCAGUGCAUGGGCCGCUUUUGCUCUGCCCAAAAACACAGACUCUUCCUGCUAAGCGCAAAGUCUCUAAUAAGCCCUUACAUGCAACAAGGUCCAACCCCUUGCCAGAGAGUGAUUCUCAGUCCAUUUCAACUGCCCACUCAGAGCCCUUCAGUCCAUGCUGCCCUCAACAGUCACCUACUCCCAGCAGUCCCAUGGUAAGCAGGGCAACACGCACUACUCCCCCACAGCUUUCAGUGCCCUUGACUCCUGUCAUACCCCUAGCCCCUAUCCGACUACAUCACUUCCAUCCCAUACCUGGUUCUGACCUUAGCACCAAAUCUAUCCCCAUCAUCCAGGUGACCCCUCACCCUUCCCCCAGGGGCAGCCCACUGCCCACUCCCAAAGGAACGCCUGUCCACACGCCGAAGGAGAGCCCCGCUGGAACGCCGACCCCGACACCGCCUCCCAGCCCCUCCAUUGGGGGCAUGCCCUGGAGGACACGUCUCAACUCCAUUAAGAACAGCUUCCUGGGCUCUCCACGCUUCCAUCGCAGGAAACUACAAGUUCCUACUCAAGAUGAGAUGUCCACCCUUACACCAGAGUCUUCCCCGGAACUUGCCAAAAAGUCAUGGUUUGGUAACUUUAUCAACCUGGAGAAGGAGGAGCAGAUCUUCGUGGUGAUCAAGGACAAGCCUCUGAGCUCCAUCAAGGCAGACAUAGUGCAAGCCUUUCUCUCGAUCCCUAGUCUUAGUCACAGCGUUAUCUCUCAGACGAGUUUCCGGGCAGAAUACAAGUCUACAACAGGUCCCACUGUCUUCCAGAAGCCUGUCAAGUUCCAGGUGGACAUCACUUACACAGAGAGCAGCACAGCCACGAAGGAGAACGGCAUUUACUCCGUCACCUUUACCCUGCUCUCAGGUCCGAGUCGGCGCUUUAAGCGAGUGGUGGAGACGAUCCAGACGCAGCUGUUAAGCACACACGACCAGCCUGGAGUCCAGCAGCUGGCUGGCAGCCCAUUGAGUAACUUCUUUGACGUAAUUAAACAACUUUUUUCAGACGAGAAGAACAGCCAGGUGCUCCAUCCACCUGGCACGCCCAACAGACACCCGCGGCACGAUCCCGAACCUUGUGACUCUAAAUGCCUGGCGUCUAAUACCAGGGACAAUGCCAGGAUGGUGGCUUCUGUCGGAACGCAGGAGCAGCCCUAGAGAUCUGUAGAAAAUAAUACAAUAAUUUUCACUGACUUGCACACUUUAUCAAAAGAUAAUCUUGUUCAAUAGACUUUUGUAUGAUGGAAUGACUGUAAAAAAAAAAAAAAAAAGAGCACAUGUAUACACACUCUUCCCUCAUGUCAUUUCCCUAAACUCGUCUCCAUUGUCAUCCUCCUUUGUGACAGGCUUUCAUUCUUUUUUUAGUUUCAUAACUUUUCUUUUGUGUCCACUUUCCUCACUUGUGUGAUGACUUGUCUUUACUACCAGGAAUUAUCCAGAAAAGCUAUUAACACCCCGUUCCCCUGCUCCACCCAUGAGGGCGCUGUUCAUAAUGACGAAAAGCAGACGCGUCAUCCUUCAUCCUCACCUCCUUUUACCUUUCUCCAAUGACUGUGUGAUCCUUGAGGAAAACAUUCCCACCGACACCAACAUCCAGCCCAUGCUCUACCUUCCCUUUAUCCGACCUCACACACUACGACGUACGAGGAACUUUUUACAUCUCUGGCUUGCUGAACCACAAACACACACACACACACAGUACACACAAAUACAAAUACAAAUACAAAUAUACACAUGCACAACUCUGGGAUGGACUCACAAAGGACAAAACAGUGAGAGAAAUUGGCAGAGGAAAAAAAACAUAUAUAUUAUGGAUUGUCCCAACGGGAUCUAACUCAUCUGAUUGAUUUAAUGACUUUCUCGCUGCAAAAAGACUUAUAUGCUUAUAUUGCUGGGGUAGG